AUGUCAGUUCCAGCUGAUGAAACUGUAGGGGACCUGCCUGUGAGAGAUGUAGGUCUAACUCCAGCUGGAAUUGAAGGAUUACAAGAAUCAACUGCAAGGAAUGUAAAAGCUCGACAAGCUGUAUCACGAAUCAGUCGAAAGGAACUGGAAGACAGGUUUCUUCGUAUACGUGAUGAGAACAUCGUACUCAAACAGCAUGCAAAUAAGCAAGAGGACAAGAUUAAAAGAAUGGCCACCAAGUUAAUACGGCUUGUUAAUGAUAAAAAAAGGUCUGAACAGGUUGGUGGCGGCCCCAAGCGGCUGGGCCAGGCAGUGGAGCUGGAAGAAAUGAUUGAGGAUUUGCAAGAGAGAGUUCGUGAGCUGGAAAAACAAAACGAGAGCCUCCGCAGCAAACUCAUUUCAACUAAACAGCAACUCCAGAUUCAAGGCCAUAGACCUUAUCCAUACAGCUAUGUUCAAUCUCGUGUUAACACUGGGCUCAAAAAAGUGAGUGAGGCUGCGGGCAUGCCUGAGCACACAAAGAAAGGAAUGAGAUUUCAGGAUUUAGAAGUGAGAUCACCUAACCUUGGGCUCCCGGAAUAUGGACCGAGUCAGCUUGAGUCUUCAAGGGCUGAAAUAAGAGAUUUGGAGACUGUGAUUGAGUCCCAAAAGGAACGCAUUGAGGGACUAGAGCGUGGCAGAGAGAUACUUGUGAGUGAGCUAAAAAGGAAAGAAAAGGAAAUUGAAGAAUCCAUCCUACGGCUGAAAGAGCAAGAAACAGCAAGCCAAAGGCUAAACAUUCGGGACAAUGUGGAAAUGAUCAAGAUCCGUAAACAGCUGGUUGAGAAAAGCAAUGCUCUUUCAGCAGCAGAAGGAAAAUUUCUCCAGCUUCAAGAGAACGAGAAGAACUUGAAGGCCAGCUAUGAUGCCUUAAUAGCAAAAGGUGAUGAACUGAAUCUACAGCUUAAAGAGGAGCAGUUAAAGUGCCUUCAUCUUGAAAAAGAACUGCAAUCAGUAACCAUUUCAAACCAAAGGACAGAAGAGUUACACGAAAGAAUAAAUGAUCUAGAAAAAGAGAAGGAACUCUUGAGGGAAGACUAUGAUAAACUGUAUAACACUGUCUUCAGUAUGACCCAUGAACAGCAAUGGAAAUUAAAGGAACAGCAACUGAAACUGCAAAUUGCUAAACUAGAGACUGAUUUAGCAGACAAAAAUGAAAUCCUUGACAAGAUCAAAGUAGAAAGAGACCAAAAGGAAAAGCUGAUGCAAGAGAACAAAGACCUGCAGUUACGCUGCCUGGAACAUAAGCAACAGCUAGAUGAACUGAAAAAUCGCAUGAACUUUUUGACCAAGGAAGGUGAUAUCGAUGUGACAGAACUCGGUGAAGCCCUCUUGCAUAUAAAGGUUCAAAAGCAGCAGCAAAAUGGGGAUCUUGUGUUUUUGGAAAAAGUGGAAGAUGAUAACCAUAAAGAUUUAGAGCAUUCCAUGCGGGAGCUGCAGUUAACACAUGCGGAAACAGUGCAAGAACUGGAAAAGACAAGAAAUAUGUUAAUUCUGCAGCACAAAAUUAACAAAGAUUACCAGAAUGAAGUAGAAGCAGUGACACAAAAGAUGGAAAGUCUACAAAAAGACUAUGAGGUAAAACUGGAACAGUAUGUCCAUCUUCUUGAUAUUAGAGCUGCACGCAUCAGAAAACUAGAAGCCCAACUAGGAGAUAUCGUCUAUGGUACAAAGCCAUAUAAAUCUAAACCGGAAAUAUUGCCGGGUGAUCCAGUCAAUGAAUUUGAUGAAACUUUAUAUUUGCAAAGAGGAGAGAACCUUUUUGAAAUUCAUAUCAGCAAAGUGAUCUUCUCUUCUGCAGUCAUGCAGGCUUUUGGUGUCUGUGAACCUGCAACUUUUUGUACUUACGCGUUCUAUGACUUUGAACUUCAGGCAACCCCAAUAGUUUAUGGGCAUACCCCAUCAUAUGACUUCACUUCUCAGUACCUCGUGCAGGCUGAUGACUGCUUUUUGCACUAUAUACAGCAAAACAGCAUCACAUUCGAGGUUCAUCAUGCGUAUGGCACAGAUUAUGAAACAGUUGCUGCAUGUCAACUAAAGCUCCAUGAAGUCUUGGAAAACAAUGGGAAGAUCUACAGCACAACGAAUUUAGUUGGAGUCAAAGGAAACAUUCAAAAUUACGGUACCGUAGAAUACUGGGUUAGGUUACGAAUUCCUAUGGAUCAAGCUAUUAGUCUCUACAAAGAGAGAUCAAAGGCUCUGGGGUAUUUAACCACCAAUUUUACGGAACGUGAGCAACCAUCCCAACAGCAGAUACUCAGAACUGCCCAAGUCAGCACUUCAACAGAUGGCAAUUUAAAUGAACUCCACAUUACAAUAAAAUGUUGUAACAAUCUACAAUCCCGAAAAAAACAUCUUCAGCCAAAUCCUUAUGUUGUCUACAAGUUCUUUGGUUUUGCAGACCACGAUACUCCCAUCAUUGCUAGCAACAACAACCCACAAAUAGAUGACCAUAUGUGUUUCCAAGUGCCAAUGAAUGCAGAUUUAGACCGAUACCUAAAAUCAGAAUCUAUAACCUUUUAUGUAUUUGAUGAUGGUGAAACGGAAGAAGGUGCUUAUGUAGGGAAGGCCAAUGUGCCUCUUAUUUCUUUAGCACAUGACAGAUCUAUCUCAGGUAUUUUUGAACUAACAGAUUCUGAAAGACAUUCUGCUGGUACCAUCACAGUCGAAUUAAAAUGGAAACAUGUCUACCUACCACCAAGUGGAUUAACAAUGGCUGCAGAUUUAGGAAAUUACAUUCAAAAUGAGAAAUCAAUGGCAACUAAAUUACUACCUGAGGAAAAAACUCAGACUCCAGUCCCAUCUCCUUCUGUUACUUCACUGAUCACGAAACCAACACCCAAACGAAGGCAGCGUGCAGCUCAAGCAGAGAAGAAAGUAUCUUUUCUGGAUCUUAGUACAAAACAGGUGAUAGGCUGUCUUGAAAAUAAUGCGGAACCUGCACAGAAGAUGGAGGCUUCGAGAGUUCCAAGUGUUUCAGAGGUUAAACAAAAAAGGCCAGCGGAUGAUACGGUGAAGGAGAUAGCUGAAGAAAUUCAACAGGAAAAAGACGACCUCUCACAUCUGUCAGAGGGGCAGUUGGCCAGCCAAAGCUCAGUUACCUCUGGAGAUGAGACAGAAAUAACUGAAGAAUUGGAACCAGAAGAUCAAGAUGAUAGACAAGAAAAUGAUGCCAUUGAAUCAAUAAUAACUGACAGCGAUGACUGUAUUGUUUCAUGUCCACUAUCCAAGAAUAUUAAACAGGUGAGUCAGAGAAUUUAUG